UUCCAUUUGUGGUUGACUGAUUGAUAGAACUUUACUAUGGAGGGGAAGCAUUUACAGCGGACCAGCCACAGUCCUUCACUUGCCCCUAUUGUGGUAAAAUGGGGUUUACAGAAACAGCUCUACAGGAACAUGUAGCCUCAGAGCACAGUGACACUUCCAUUGAAGUGGUAUGUCCUGUGUGCGCAGCCUUGCCAGGUGGCGACCCUAAUCAUGUGACAGAUGACUUUGCUGCUCAUUUGACACUAGAGCACAGAGCACCCAGUAGGCCGGAUAUGCUAGACGAGCGAGGUGAGCCCCCUCCUGUGCGGCACGUGAGACGUUUAUUUCAUCCAGCGGUUAGUGGGAGGAUACCGAGACCUCCACGACCACGAGCAACCAAUAUGCAUUUUGGAGGAUCUGGAGGCAGUGGUCUUUCCUCCUCUUCCUCCUCCUCUUCCACUUCUGCCCGUGAGAGCAUGGAUCCUAUAGCAGAGCUUCUGUCCCAGCUCUCUGGCGUUCGAAGACAAGCUCAGCAGCCCCAGGCUCCCAUGCCUAUGCAGUCACAGCUUCAGUUACUUCAACAGCAGUUACAGCUAGAAAGACAGCAAGUGCAGCAGACAAGGGAGCGGCUGGAAAGACUUCCAGCACGGAGGCAGAUGGCGGCAGCUGCUGCUGCUGCGGCGAGUAGCAGUGCGCCGACUACAUCGACGGUUAGCGCUCAAGAAAGCAGCAGUUCCCCAUCUUCUUCAUUUCUUCUUGCCAGGGCCAAUGAACCAUCAUUGUCCGAAGCCGAGCAGGAAACCCUAGAACGCGAGCGCGCAGACCGAAGCCUGUUCGUGCAGGAUCUUAUUCUGUCGACACUUGGAUCAGCAGCGUUUAGACGCAGAGCCCGUCCGAGCUCUUCAGUUCGGGAGACAACGGCUGGAUUUGCAAGUCUAACCCUACAGGAUAGCGCCGGAAUUCAGGCUAGUGCUAAUGAAAUGCGGGCAGAGGCCCAGGACUGUAAUGUAAUCGAACAGGACAUUACUGUUCAAGAUAUGGAGCUUAUAACACUGGAAACGGAGGAAGAUAAAGAUUCCUAGCGCAGGCAGGGAUUGUUGGUUUCAAUCAAAUUUUACCCUCCAUGUAGGUACAGAAAUGAAUUUUCAUUGACGUUAAUUCGCGGUUUGCCGUCGUUUUAGACCGUCGUGGAGAACGUGCACUCGCCCGACCCCAGCAAGAGGACAGACAAGAAGAAGAAGAGGCAGAGGCUAAGUUAUAAACGCCUUGGUCGCGCGUGUAAACAUAGCAUCAAUCUACCCUUGACGAAAUGCCGCAUCAUAAGAGAAUAGCUAUGAUUGCGCGCAUUUUUAUAGUUGGAGAAAUAAUUAGAUAGGGUUGGAAAAAAUAAAUUUUAAUGAAUGACA